AUGCUAGCGCGCCCAAUCAGAGCAAUGGGCGUGGAGAAGGAGCUGCUGAGAGCCGGCACCGGCCCGAAGCCCGUCCCCGGUCAAAACGUCACCGUUCACUGCACCGGAUUCGGUAAAAAUGGUGAUCUAGCUAAAAAGUUCUGGAGCACUAAGGAUCCAGGACAAAAACCUUUCACUUUCCAAAUCGGCCAAGGCAAAGUUAUCAAAGGCUGGGAUGAGGGGGUAUUAGGGAUGCAAGUGGGAGAAGUUGCUCGUUUGCGGUGCUCUCCGGAUUAUGGCUAUGGCCCGAGCGGUUUUGCAGCUUGGGGUAUUCAGCCGAACUCGGUUCUUGUUUUCGAGAUUGAAGUUCUGAGUGCUGAGUAA